AUGAGUAUAAUUAGUUCUUGGUUACUUGUCUCUAUUAUCUGCUUAACCACUUCUAUUGUAACAAAAUUACAAGCCGCUGGAGUUACUACGCAUCUGUUUUACUUAACAAGAGGUGCUCCCUUAAGUUUAAAAGAAAACUAUUAUCCCUGGCUGAAAGCUGGUUCUUUCUUUCCGGAUGCCCUGUACUCGUGUGCACCUUCAAAUAAGGAUUGGUCUGAUUUUGCUGAAUUCACUCAUUGGCCAGAUUUCUUAAUGAUAGCAUUAUCUUAUUGGCAACAAAAGUAUGGUCAAAACGAUCGACUUCGGGAAUCUCACGGAUCACUUACACUAAAGUCAUUUUUAAUAGGAGUGUUCACCCAUCAAAUAGUUGAUGUUUCCUGGCAUUCGUUAGUUACUGAUUAUAGAAUGCACGGUCUACUCCGAGUUCUCAGCGAAACAGAGUUUGGUGCAGAUAUUGAAGCUGCUCAUACAUUUUUAGACGUUAUGGGUGAAUUCCUCACUUUAAAUAAUGUAAUUCGUGACAAUAAUAAUAAUAAUGAAAACUGGGAUUUUUUCUCUCGUUCAGAUUGGAAAUUGCCCAGAGAAGAAGAUAUGAUGGGAAUUAUAAGGAAAGCUGGGCUUUCAAAGGAGAAGUUAUCCCAUGCAGAACUGGAAUUUUGCGUUAAAAGAGGAAUGGCAGCGGCUGUUAGUGAAGGCUACCUAUUCCGCACUCAAAGAAACCAAUUGUUAACUAACAUUUACUCAACUUCCCCCAGAGCUAAUGAUCUAAUAUUGAACCAUUGGCUAGGGGGCCAGUCUAAUUUGGUUGCAAUGCUCCAAAGAUGCGUGCCCUUCUUCGAAACUUUGUUUCAUGGAGAAAGUACUAAUGAAGCCCAAGCGGAAAAACUAAGAUUAUGUGCUAAUUUACCGCCAGUGUCACAGCAAGGGUUGAAUACAAGCACUUUGGCAUCUUCAAUUAAAGCGCGAACGGAUAAUAGUCACAUUGUCGUAUCCCCCAUGAAAUCAUUCUCCAAUUUUGGCACAAGCUUCACUAUGGGAAAAUUUCAGGGAAACAAUAAGGAUUACCUUGCUGUUAGUGCUCCACUCGAGGAUUCAGUUGGCGCAAUCUAUAUAGUUCCAUGGGAUAUUGUACCUCUAGCAAGCAAAGAGGAUAUUAGUAUCUUACAACCGAUCACUGCUAUGUACGGUUCAAAGGUCGGAACAUACAGGGUAGGUGAUGUUGACUACCUAGUUGUUUCACAGCCUGGUACCUGUACAAUCGAUUUUUACUUCAAAGGAACGAAAAUACUAACAAUCGAGGAUGAGACCACCGAAGAAGCACAUCAACUACAAUUUGCUCUAACAGAUGACUUUGAUGACGAUAAGAUACCCGAUUUAAUAGUGUCAAGUCCAAACUAUGGAGCAAACGAAACUGGAAUCGCAACAUUUAUCCCAGGAUCUUCCAUAAUAACCUAUUUGAUUAAUUCAGAUAAAUAUCAAAUAGUCGAUAUUUCAACUUUUAAGGGCGUUGUCAGCCUUGAUGGGUACCCUGUGAAAAUACCAUUCCAGCAUUUCGGCGCGACAAUUCAGACGUCUGACACCCUUAACAAACGAAAGCUAAUAUACAUUACAUGUCAAAGUCUUGGUACUGUAUUUGCCUAUUCGAGCAGUGAUUUGAACGAUUCGUCAAUCCCAAUAUAUUAUAUAACGAAAGAUCGUAUCAUUCCAGCAAAGGAUAACAAUUACGUCGAAUGGAAUAUAACUCCCUCAAAAGAACAUGGUAUGUUUGGUUCAGCCAUACAUUCUUGGAAUUUUGAGGGUAUGAGUUUUGUGGCCAUAUCCCAACCAAUGUUUGAUACCGUGUUUAUAUAUACUGAGAAGUUCGGGCAAAUAAAGUUUUUCCUGAAACUGAUUUUAAAGAUUAACGUUGAAUCAGGUUUUAUUCCCAGUGGAUUUGGUACUUCCUUGUUGUUUAAUGAAGAAGAAAAAGCAUUGUACGUUUCCUCCCCAGGAAGUUUUGAUGAAAGGGGAAGUAUAUGGAAAAUUGGAAUGGAUGAGCUAUUGAAAGCAAGAAAAGAUUCGACGCGCAAAAACCUUUUGAUUAAUAGUUUAAAGUAUCUCGUGCUCAUAAACCCUGACAAAAGUAGCAAAGGUGUGACAAAUUUUGGAAAAAACAUGAUUCUUGGUCCCGAAAAUCAUCUUAUAGUAGGCAUUCCCCAAUACGGGUAUGGAAAUUUUGACCAUAUGCAACUAACUGGCAGAAUCUUGGUACUUUAG